AUGGAAGCACUAUGUGAGUUUUGUGAGAUUGUUAGAGCUGUGGUUUACUGCAAGCCAGAUUCCGCUCGUUUAUGUCUUCGUUGCGAUGCGAUUGUACAUUCCGCGAACGCGCUUUCUCGGAGACAUCCGAGAAGUUUGUUGUGUGAUAAGUGUAAUAUCGAUUCCGCGAUUGUUCGUUGUGUUGAUUAUAAACUGUCUCUGUGUCAAUUUUGUGAUUGGAAUUCUAGUGGUGAGUGUUUUGUGUUGGGGCAUAGCCAUGCGCUACUUAGUUUCUACACUGGUUGUCCGUCUUUGGCAGAGUUGUCAAAGAUUUGGCCACAUUUUGUCGAUGGGAGUUUAUCGGUUGAGAGUAGUGUUGCUAGCUGUCAGCCGUUGGAUUGGACGCAUGAAAAGAACGAUGGUUUCUUUGGUUUGGAGAAGGUGAAAAAUAAGAUGGACGGAGAAGAGCCGUCUGUUAAAUAUGAACAAUCUUGGAUUGAGACACCGCCUAUUGUUUCGUCAAAUUCAAAUGGCGCACAAUACUGCAAAGAUCAAGCGUUUUUGUUUGAUCCAGACUCGAACCUACCGAAGCUUCAAGGAUGCCCUGAUGUCAAGGAACUAGUUUUUCACGAGGAGACUAGUCUUUGUGAAGGUUUCAAUGUAGAUGAUGUUCAAUUAAACUUUGAAAGUGCUGAGGAGAUAUUUGGCUGCUCUCAAAGUGCCGCAAAAUACAACCAUGAAGAUAGAGGAAUAGAGUGUCUAUUAAUGGAUAAAAACACUCAAGUCACAAAAUGUACCAGUCUUACCGAGACUGCAGCAGAGGCUUUAUCACCAGUGCAACAAGAUUGUGUGGCUUUUCCAUUAUCAGGUGCUGGCGGAUCAACAAGUGUGAUGCAGGGCAUUAACCAUAAUGCAAAUUGUGCACUUAUGACUCCUAGCUGCAACAGUAGCAUUACUAUGGGAUUUCCUCAGAGUCAAAUUCAUUCAGGAACUUCAAUUGAAUUACCUAAUCUUAAUUGUGAAAACAAUGUUACUGAACUUCUAAAUUGUGGGUUACCUCCAGUGUUUCAUCCCGGAGAAUCCCCUUGGGAACCAAAUUUGGAGGGUACGUGUGCAGAAGCAAGGGAACAAGCCAAAAUGAGAUACCAAGAGAAAAAGAAAACUCGAACGUUUGGUAAGCAAAUAAGAUAUGCCUCUCGCAAAGCAAGGGCUGAUACAAGGAAACGUGUGAAAGGUCGAUUCGUUAAAGCAGGUGAAGCAUACGAUUAUGAUCCUCUUUUGAGCGACUACUAA